CGCUGACGUCAUUACCGGGCGCCGGGCCUGUCGGCCGGCGGGAGGAGGCGCCAUGCUGAGCCGGCUCCAGGAGCUGCGCAAGGAGGAGGAGACGCUGCUCCGGUUGAAGGCGGCCCUGCACGACCAGCUGAACCGGCUCAAGGUUGAAGAACUAGCCCUCCAAUCAAUGAUUAGUUCUAGAAGAGGGGAUGAAGUGCUCCCUUCUCAGCCUGCAUCUGAACAGCCACAUGAUCAGAUGUUGGUACACGUAGACAAUGAAGCAUCAAUCAACCAAACUGCACUGGAGUUGAGCACAAGGAGCCAUGUGCCAGAGGAGGAGGAGGAGGAGGAGGAGGAGGAAUCAGAUUCUUGAAGGCGGGAAAGAGCCAAGCAGCAAAGCAUGCUUCACAUGCAGUGCCUGUGAAGGAUCUUACAAGGCUCCUACCCCAACAGAAGGAAGGUGCGCCCGGCAAGAAUGCAGUACCACCAAGUGUCAAAAGAAUCCCAAAACUACAGGCAGCUAGCCAGUCACGGUGGGGGAAGAGCAGUGCAAUUUUCAGUAAGAAUGACUACCCACAGUCACCAAGGUUUCACUGUAACUGAACGCUGCGCAUGUUUGGAUCAACAUACACAAAAAUAGCCCCAAGCACAAAGCCAAUCCACUUAGGGAAAUAACAGAAUAAAUGACAGUAAUAUUAAAAAAGACACAAAUAGAA